UUCAGUCAACACCGGAUACUGUUGUCAUACACAUCAACUUUUUAAAACUUUAAAGUGAAAUAAGUAUAGCUUAUAAAUUAUUUAAAAAUAAUUCAAAAUGGUAUUACAUAAUAUAAUUUUACUAGUAGCUAUUCCACUGGCAGUUUUUGCCGAGUUACAAUCAUUAAACAGUUCGAUAUCAGAAGCGAUGGACGGUGAAAGUAAAAUAUUAUCAAGAAGGAAAAGAUACUUGAUAUUUCCCGAUGGCAGCUCUCUUCAACUCGUAUUCUGCACCCAAAACCACGGCUACCUCCAGCUCGGAAACAUCGUGUGGAUCGGGAACACUGCAGCUUUAGCGUGGACGCUGCCCUCGGACCCCUCGACGUUCGGGUACUUCAGGAACCAGCUCAGGGAGCCGUACAGUAUACGGAGACAGGACACGAACAAACACAUAUACUAUUUGGAUGAGGACGGGAAACUAGUCGCGAAAGUUCCGUAUAAGAGAAAACCCAUAAUAAAUCCGGCGUUCGCAAAACGAAGUAUUCAAAAUAACGAGGAUGAAAAUAUUAGCAUAAAGAAGCAAGUUAUAAAGAAAAUGCAUGAAUCGCAGAAGUCCAGGAGUUAUCUGCAGAAGUUGGACGGCGCGCAUUUCCAUAGACUCGGGAGGCACGGCCUGUAUAAAAAGUUGGAGAGCUUGUUCGAGGCGUUCGGUUACUCCGGGCGUGAAUGCGUGUUGCGACUGCUCUGCGACGCCGGCAAGGCCAAGGCGGGCAAGACGGGCAAGACGGGCAAGACGGGCAAGGCGGGCAAGGCGGGCAAG